UUUCAGAAGACAUGGAUAGACAGUUAACUCCCAUUUCAAAACUGAGACCGAAUUAUUCGAAUUUUAUAAUAUAUGGUCAAAUAUCAUUCAUAAAAUCAGUUAGAAAUGCAUCAAUUUUCAAAGUAACUGACUCUGAUAGAGACACCAUUAAAUGUGUAGCAUUCGGAGCUACUGGCGACUGGUGUAAUAAGGAACUGAAGCUAAAACAAUUCUGCUAUGUGCUGGGCGGAAAAGUACAACCGAUAGAUAAAAACUAUAACAUCUACCCCAACGACGAAUUCGAAAUUAUCAUUUCUAAUCCGCGCGAUAUUGAGAUUAAACUUGAUCCCACUAUUCUAUCAAGGUUACCCGUGACUCCAAUUGAAAACCUCAAGGAAAGUGUCAACUAUUUCAAGAUCCACGGCAGAGUUACACUCAUGGAUACACGUCCACCACACCACUACCAGAAACGCUUCAAUUUUGAGAUAACCGAUUUUAAUGGCGACACAAUUGCAUGUUCUGCUUCUUCUCCAGAGGCUGACGUUUUCUAUCAAAAUCUUGUCAAAGAACAGUCAUAUUACCUUGCCGGAGGACACAUUAAAAAAGGCCAUGAAAUUUACAAUCAGACAGGGAUCGACUAUCAAAUUGAUCUCAACAAUUUCACUAUUAUGGAACCUGCUCCAACCUUGCUUACACUUCCCAAAUUCAAUAUCCAACGGGUAUUCCUCAGCGAUGUUGCUAAUGUGAAGAAACCCAUCGAUGUUCUUGUAUGCAUUAAAGAGUUCAAAGAUGUCGAAAAUUACACUCCCACUGAAAAUAAACCUCCACAUAAACGACAUAUACAGGUCAUUGACGAUUCAAAAUCUGAAAUCCGUGCAACAUUCUGGGGAUACAAUGCUGUAGACGCUAUAAGGGAGGAGUUUCUGAACAAAGUGGUUGCUUUCAAGGGAGUCAUACCAACUGAAGGGAAUGGUCAGCUGUUUUUGAGUAUUACACCUGGAACUCGAAUUGUGAUUCAACCAGAAGUAGAUGGAGCUGCCUAUCUAGAAGCUUGGUUCGAUGGAUACAAUGCUCGAGGCGCAAUAACAACCAUCAGUCAAAUUCCAACAUAACUUCAACACCAUUGUAUUAUACAUCUUAAAUAAAACCAAUGAAUCUAUGUAUUGGCAAUCUAAUAACUUUCCUAUAUCCUACUGAAACUCAUGUACUUCUCCUUUAUCGGCAGGGCCAAAAUUACGUUCAAUCUGAAUAUGUUUUCCUCGAUACUACUGUAUACUUGCAUAAGCGUGUUAUUCUAAUAAAUACAAACAGUUCACACUU